AUGUUCCUAAUUUUUAUUUUUCUAAUUAUAUUUUCAUUUAAAUGUUUUGAAUUUACAAAUAAUAAUAAUUGUAUUUUGAAAAUAAAUGAUUUAUUAUCUGAAGACUAUCUUCAAUUUCGAAAUGUCCAAUUACAAAGUUUUGACUCACAAAAAAGGCCAGUUUGUGAUGGUAAAAAUAAAUUAGCAACAAUACAUUUACCUGGAUGGUUAAAAUUAAUUUCUGGGGAAGUUAUUAUAAAUAAGCCCCUUCCUUCUCUUGGAAAUUUAAAUAAAACAUUAGAAUUAUCAUUGACUUUAGAACAAGACAGUUUUUUUGUUGGGAAAAUAUGUGAUAGAGGACAGAGUCAAAUUCUCCAUUUUUCUGUGAUUUAUUACCAAAUGCUUGCAAAGUAUUAUUAAAAGCCAAAAUUGGCCAAAUAAUUCCUCUUUCUAAAUUCUUUCCUUUUGAUGGUUGGUUACCCUUAGAGGACCCUUUAGCCCACCCAAUAUUGUCUGGACUUUGGAAAGCAGAAGCUGAACUUUUAUUAUUUAAUGAAAAAAUAGAAGAGGAAGGUGAAGGGAAAGUAUUGGCUAAAGUUGGAAAUGAAGGUUGGGUAUUAAUUAGAGAAAGUGAUGAUUGGCAACAAAAAGAACAUGAAGAUUUAUAAUUUGAAAUUUUUGGAGUAAAUU